AUGAUAUGUUUAAAAAUUAUAGAUUCUCCUUGGCGUCCCAGCAUUAAUAUCCCUGUUGGUGAUCUGAAGGAGCAUCAGUCUGUCACUAUAAGCUGCUCAGCUGUGACUCCCUGUCCACACUCACCUCCUGAACUCACCUGGAAUCUCCAACAAGACUCUGAGAGACAAACAGAGAAAAACGCAGAUGGAACCUUUACAACUAAAAUCCAGGAGACCAUCACUCUGUCAGACACACAUGAUGGAUACAACAUCAGCUGUUCUGCCAGAUAUCCUGUGAAUGGAGGAAGCAAGACAGCAGAGACAGAAGUGACUCUCAGUGUUUCAUAUGCUCCUAAAGACACCUCAGCAUCCAUCAGUCCAUCAGGUUUGUUGUCAGCAGGUAGCUGGGUGGAGCUGAGCUGCUCCAGCAGAGCCAAGCCUCCUGCCAGCUUCACCUGGUUCAGGAACAGCACAGAAGGACCAAUCAAGCUAUCUGAAGGAAACUUUUCCAGCAUUAAUGUUACUAUGGGAGGACAACAUUACUGUGUGGCUACAAAUCCCCUGGGUAAUGACACAUCACCCAUGGCCUGUGUCAGUAUUAAAGAUUCUCCUUGGAGUCCCAGCAUUAAUAUCUCUGUUGGUGAUCUGAAGGAGCAUCAGUCUGUCACUAUAAGCUGCUCAGCUGUGACUCCCUGUCCACACUCACCUCCUGAACUCACCUGGAAUCUCCAACAAGACUCUGAGAGACAAACAGAGAAAAACACAGAUGGAACCUUUACAACUAAAAUCCAGGAGACCAUCACUCUGUCAGACACACAUGAUGGAUACAACAUCAGCUGUUCUGCCAGAUAUCCUGUGAAUGGAGGAAGCAAGACAGCAGAGACAGAAGUGACUCUCAGUGUUUCAUAUGCUCCUAAAGACACCUCAGCAUCCAUCAGUCCAUCAGGUUUGUUGUCAGCAGGUAGCUGGGUGGAGCUGAGCUGCUCCAGCAGAGCCAAGCCUCCUGCCAUCUUAUCCUGGUUCAGGAACAGCACAGAUGGGCCAAACAAGCUAACUGAAGGAAACUUUUCCAGCAUUAAUGUUACUAUGGGAGGACAACAUUACUGUGUGGCUACAAAUCCUCUGGGUAAUGACACAUCACCUAUGGCCUGUGUCAAUAUUAAAGAUUCUCCUUGGAGUCCCAGCAUUAAUAUCCCUGUUGGUGAUCUGAAGGAGCAUCAGUCUGUUACUAUAAGCUGCUCAGCUGUGACUCCCUGUCCACACUCACCUCCUGAACUCACCUGGAAUCUCCAACAAGACUCUGAGAGACAAACAGAGAAAAACACAGAUGGAACCUUUACAACUAAAAUCCAGGAGACCAUCACUCUGUCAGACACACAUGAUGGAUACAACAUCAGCUGUUCUGCCAGAUAUCCUGUGAAUGGAGGAAGCAAGACAGCAGAGACAGAAGUGACUCUCAGUGUUUCAUAUGCUCCUAAAGACACCUCAGCAUCCAUCAGUCCAUCAGGUUUGGUGUCAGCAGGUAGCUGGGUGGAGCUGAGCUGCUCCAGCAGAGCCAAGCCUCCUGCCAGCUUCACCUGGUUCAGGAACAGCAAACAUGGAGCCGUUAAUGUAUCUGUGGGGCAGGUUUACAGCUUCAAUGUUACUGAGGGAGGAGAGUUUUACUGUGAGGCUACAAAUGAUCUGGGGACUCAGAGAUCAGCAGUGAUCAUCCUAGAUAUUAAAGGAAACCAUCUAUUUUUGACUCUGCUUCUUGCAAGUAUUAUUGUCAUUGUGCUCAUCUUAUUGAUGAUAAUGAUUUGGUGCUUUAAGUCCAAACGUUCAAAUCCAAAACAGACUCAGAAUCAAGCAGGUGAAGAGGCUGAUGUUGAAAAGGCAGCUGAUAUACCAGAAGAAGAAAUCCAUUAUGGGCAGGUAAACUUCUGUAAGAAGGAACCAGAAGCUUCUACUGUCUCACUGCAAGGCUGUGGGGAACAGGAAACAGUUUAUGCACAAGUCAAAGCAUCAAACGCAGGAAACAGCUCAACACGAACUCACGAUAGACCAGAGGAUCUUUAUGCUCAAGUGAAUGUAAAAGAACUUCACAGAAAUCAUACUUAAACCUAUCCCCCAAAAAAUCUAAGUCAAAGUAGGGUAAAAAUAUCCAUUGUCCUAUAUAAUAUGUCAAAUGCUCAAAUUAAGAAAAGUCCUUUUUAUAUGCAUCAGUUUGAUAAAUAGCACAUCAUCGAACUGGAGCUUGCAAGCUCCGGUUGAAGAAAAAAAAAAGAAAAGCUGUCUUGUUACCACACUUCCUCCUUUAACCAGACCCUUGCAUAAUGUUGGGUUGUCUGUAAAAGCCCACGUUGUCUGUAAAAUGUGUUUCCUUUUUUAGACAUCACGUUUUAAGCUUUGGACCACAGUCAGUGGCUGGUUAAAGCUUGUUAGACACAUGUAGCAAGAAGACGUCAUUUUUUUCUGGCAGCCUUGUUUUGAAUGUUCUCAUUGUUUGGAGUCUGAAAAUCUUCCCAUUUACACUACCCUUUUGAAACUCUGCCGAGAACGGUUUUAGCAGGGUGAACAAGAUAACUGUUAAAUGUAAAUGGAAGGCAAUUGAACGGGACCGUGCCAGACACAACCGAACCGUGCUAAAUCUAGCAUUAGUUUUGGCUCGGUUCUCUUAUAUCCAGGAGCACAAGAGCAGACUCAACUCCUAUUUACAGUCAGCUGACUCAUAUCUGUCCGGCUGUACAAUUCAUAGAUCUCUUCACCUGUUCCCAACACAAACUUAUUCUCAACCUAUUAAUGAUAAAUUACAUCGAAAGAGCGUGGUGUGACCUGGAAUGAUGCCCAGAUUGAUGCUCUCAUUGCACAUUUGGCAGAGGACUCUAUCUGGGCACACAAGUUCCUGAAUGUCAAGGGCGCCGCCAUUUUUGUUUUUUUGUGUAAUUACCGUCUUGAGAGCUGUGCUAUGAUGU